AUGCUGCUCACCGUGUACUGUGUGCGGAGGGACCUCUCCGAGGUGACCUUUUCCCUCCAGGUCGACGCCGACUUCGAGCUGCACAACUUCCGCGCGCUGUGCGAGCUCGAGUCCGGCAUCCCCGCGGCCGAGAGCCAGAUUGUCUAUGCUGAAAGACCUCUCACAGACAACCACAGGUCUCUGGCUUCUUACGGCUUGAAAGACGGAGAUGUCGUGAUUUUACGACAGAAGGAGAAUGUGGACCCUCGACCUUCAGCACAGUUUCCAAACAUACCCCGAAUAGACUUCCGUAGUAUAUCUGUGCCCGGCACCUCGAGCUCCCGGCAGCGGCAGCCACCCGGAGUCCAGCAGUCCCGCUCGUCUCCCGGAGAACUGGCUGGAUCUCCGCAGGGCUUGGACAAUCCGGCCUUGCUCCGAGACAUGCUGCUGUCCAACCCCCAUGAGCUGUCCUUGCUGAAGGAACGCAACCCGCCGCUGGCAGAUGCUCUGCUCAGUGGAGAUCUUGAGAAAUUCACUAGGGUGCUAGUGGAGCAGCAGCAGGACCGAGCCCGGCGAGAGCAAGAAAGGAUUCGUCUCUUUUCUGCUGAUCCUUUUGAUCUCGAAGCUCAGGCCAAAAUAGAAGAAGAUAUAAGGCAACAGAACAUUGAGGAAAACAUGACCAUAGCUAUGGAGGAGGCUCCGGAGAGUUUUGGCCAAGUAGUGAUGCUUUAUAUUAACUGCAAAGUGAAUGGACAUCCUGUGAAAGCCUUUGUUGACUCAGGUGCUCAGAUGACUAUUAUGAGUCAAGCUUGUGCGGAAAGGUGUAACAUAAUGAGGCUGGUGGAUCGUCGGUGGGCGGGGAUCGCCAAAGGAGUGGGCACCCAGAAGAUCAUUGGAAGGGUGCAUCUAGCUCAGGUGCAGAUCGAGGGCGAUUUCCUGCCGUGCUCCUUCUCCAUCCUUGAGGAGCAGCCCAUGGACAUGCUUCUGGGACUGGACAUGCUGAAGCGGCAUCAGUGUUCCAUUGACCUCAAGAAAAACGUCCUCGUGAUCGGCACCACAGGCUCCCAGACCACCUUCCUCCCCGAGGCAGAGUUACCCGAGUGUGCCCGGCUGGCCUACGGGGCCGGGCGGGAGGAGGCGCUGCGGCCCGAGGAGAUCGCAGACCGAGAAUUAGCAGAAGCCCUUCAGAAGUCCGUACAGGAUGCAGAGCGUCAGAAGCCAUGA